AUGGUUCCUCAAUCAUCUCCCGUCAGCCCUGAGCAGACCACCCCUGCCUCGGUUGAUGGCCACGUUGCUGUCCCUUCGACCGUCACUCUUUACAGCACUAAGAUCGCCACCAUCAUCAGCUGUGCCCCUGAAGUUACUGAUUGCCCGGCUCACGAGUCGACUACUAUUUUCCCCACUGCCAUCACUGUCUCUAGUGUUUGGUCUCGUACCUCGUCUGUCCCCGCCGCCUCCUCGCCUGCUGGAUCAGCCCCUGCCGGAUCAUCCCCCGUCAGCCCUGAGACCACCUCGGCUCCUGUCACUAUCGUACCCUCCACGAUGUUCUACUACAGCAGUUCGACCGUGACUGUUUCGGGAACCUCGACUAUCGUUCAAGUUGUUCCCACCAGUUACGCCGUUACCAGCGUGGUUUCGUCAUCUUGGGUUCCCAUUGAGUACUCCAGCGGUGUUCCCCAGGACUCGGCUCCUGCUGUUUCUGCCCCUGCCCCUAUUGUUCCUACCUCCGCUCCCUAUGCCGUCACCAACAGCACCAUGAAGUCUGUUGGUGGUCCCAAGGGAACCGGUAUUGUAGGAACUGGCUCUGGCAGCAAGACCACCUCAACCUACUCGCCUUCCCAGUACACUGGUGCCGCCAACAAGGUCGGUGCCGCUGGUCUGGCUGGUGUCGCCGCUUUCGCUGCUUUCCUUCUGUAA